AUGAAAAGAUCUAGGCGACAGUUAGAGUUAGAAGAAUUGCAAAGUUCUAUAGACAGCGGUUCAAUCUAUAAUGAUGUUGAAAGUUCAAGAGAAAGUGAAGUAGAUAGUGAUGAAGGUAAUAUGGAAAGAGGAUUAGGUGUUAAUAAUAUUGCAACUGAAUUGGAAGGAAGAUCAAGUAAUAAUGAAGAAAGUCAAUUAGACAGCGGUUCAAUCUAUAAUGAUGUUGAAAGUUCAAGAGAAAGUGAAGUAGAUAGUGAUGAAGGUAAUAUGGAAAGAGGAUUAGGUGUUAAUAAUAUUGCAACUGAAUUGGAAGGAAGAUCAAGUAAUAAUGAAGAAAGUCAAUUAGACAGCGGUUCAAUCUAUAAUGAUGUUGAAAGUUCAAGAGAAAGUGAAGUAGAUAGUGAUGAAGGUAAUAUGGAAAGAGGAUUAGGUGUUAAUAAUAUUGCAACUGAAUUGGAAGGAAGAUCAAAUAAUAAUAAUGAAAGUCAUUUAGAAGAAGGAUCAGAUCAUAAUUAUGGAAAUGAAACAAAUGGAAUAUCUAUUAAUGGCACCAAUACAAAUUUGAAUUUAAUCCCAAUAUCACAAACUGUCGCUGCAACUGCUGUUAUCAACAAUAAUCUAUAUGGUUUCAUUAAAACCGAGUCUGAAGGGAUCAAUAAUCAAGCAUUGGUACUAAAAAAUGGAAAUGAAAGAAGCUUCAAGCUCACGUCAUUAAAUGAAGCCGUUAUUCCUUUGGAGCGGGUUCCAUUGAAUUAUGGGUUGACAUCCCUUGAUCCUAGACAAAAAAUGGUGGAUCAUUUCAAUUUUCAGUCACUUCGAGACUUGGGCCUCCCUAUGGGUUGUGUUGGCAACUAUUUUAGACCCGAAGUGCUUCAGCAUUUAAUUUAUUCGGUGGAUGAACUUAGGCUAAUUGGAAUAGUAGAUCUACACCAAUUUGGUUUUGACAGUCAAAACUUAUUCAAUUAUAAACCAUUUACGGAACUCGAAAAUACAUUUAUCAUAGAAUAUCUUGCAGAUAACGGAAUUUCAAAUGAUUCGUGGGAUAGUCUAGCUACCGAAUUGAAUAGAAUCCCUUUCUAUGUUAUCAGACAAUGGGAUAAUAUUAAGAAUGAAGUAGACGAAGAAGUGAUGAAAACCAUUCUUGACAAACCAAUCUACCCAGUAAUCCCUUAUUCAACACCACAUAUAGAAGAUGUACUUCUAAUUAGGUCAUACUUAACCUUUUGCUUCAAUAAAGAAGCAGGAAAACCUUUACCUUAUUUAUCUGAGUUAUUAUUCGUAAUAUCAAAAUACAUGAGGAGCACAUCGAUAGCAUCAAUGCAUCGAGUCCAAGUUCAACUCAUGCCUAAUCUUCGAGAAGCAGUGCAUUAUCUUAUAGAUGUUUUACAAGGAAAAACGUCGUUAAAUUUUAACUCAUAUCUAAAGAUGGGGUACUAUCUGAACAAAUUCGUACCGGCUAAUAUUGCUUAUAAUCAAUAUUUAUAUACUGAAGAAGAAUUACGAAAUUUGGGCUUAGUCGAUGUCGGCUUUUUGGGGUUUGUUGAUCAACCAAAGUAUUUUCAAGAAGAAAACAGUUUUGACGAUUUAGAGUUAAGUACUAUUAGAUCCGAAAUGUCCACCAUUCCUGCUGGUAGAAGAUUGUACUUACACUUGUUCAAUACCGGGCUUAUAAAUCGUACCCCAUUUAAUAUAGAGGCUAGAUUCAAAAAUAAUUUAGAAAGGAAGAAAUUGUUUCCCAAUGGUGCAAAUACAGUGGCUUCGCAAAGUUCUCGUCAUUUUGAUAAAGAGCAACUAAUUAUGGUAAUUAGAUGUCUAUUAACUUACGCAUCUAAUAUGAGUUUCCCUAUUCCAUUGACUCAUUUGGAGCCACACGUAUUUAUCGGUAUUGCUCAGCUUUUUCAGACCAAAAAUUGCUUUGACAUUAGAGAAUUCUACGAUACACAGCUUGAACCUUUUGGUUUGAAAGCAUUUGAAUUUUUAGCUGUGCAGGAAACAUAUCGUCAUGUGAAAGAUUAUGUCGAAUUAACGGCUGGAAACUAG